CCCAAUUCGCACCACCGUCUCCACAGUGCUCUUGUUGGCCGACGGCUUUCUUUCUCCUCCUUCCUCCGUCUUCCGCCUCCUGUUCUACCACCGGAGCAUCAUUCUACACUCUAGCCUUCACCUCCGAAGUUCACAAAAUUUAAAGAAAAAGCAAUACUAUGGAUUUCUCAAAUCAAAACUCUCCUCAACAAUACAACCCUUAUAUUAACAUUAACGACAACAAUCCCCUUCAAUUCACCAUUCGUUUACCCACUUCAAACCCUAACCCUAAUUUUGCUUCUACUUCCACACAAAUCCCUAAUGUCCAUUUUUCCAACAGCGAUUCUAUCUCAAAUUCUGACCCUAACUAUUCAGUUCCCAAUCACUUCUUUUCCCUUUCUAUCCCUCGCAAGCGUCGCCGAGGCCGACCACGCAACACGACGCCGUCUGUCAACCAGGUAUAUAACUUACCAACGUCCUCAUUGUUGAAUCAUUCCAAUUUUGAUUUUAGCAGCAAUGGUCAUACUAGUUCAGCAACACUGGGAAACCAAAACCUUGGUACUUCUGAUGUAUCCGAUGAGAUCAUUGUGAUUAAUAAAGAGGCUACGGCAGAGGCAUUGAUUGCGUUGACAGCUGGUUUCCCGGCUGAUUCCUUGACUGAUGAGGAAAUUGAUGCUGGGGUUGUUUCUGUAGUGGGUGGCAUUGAGCAGGUCAAUUAUAUUUUAGUUAGGAAUCAUAUUAUCACGAAAUGGCGGGAAGAUGUAUCGAGAUGGGUGUCGAAAGAAAUGUUUUUGGACAUUAUACCGGAUCACUGUAAAAGGCUAUUGGAUACGUCUUAUGAUUACCUGCUUUCGCAUGGUUACAUUAAUUUUGGGGUUGCACCGGCUGUUAAGGAGAGGAUUCCUGCUGAGCAUAGUAAGCCGAGUGUAAUUGUGAUAGGGGCAGGUCUAGCAGGGUUGGCUGCAGCUAGGCAAUUGUUGUCAUUUGGUUUUAAGGUUACUGUUUUGGAGGGGAGGAAACGUGCAGGUGGGGUAUACACGAAGAAGAUGGAGGGCGGGAAUAGGACUGCCGCUGCAGAUUUAGGGGGCAGUGUGCUGACAGGCACACUUGGGAACCCACUUGGGAUCUUGGCGCGCCAGCUGUCAUACACGCUUCAUAAGAUCAGAGACAAGUGUCCGCUUUAUAGAGUGGAUGGAAAACCGGUGGAUGCAGAUUUAGAUCAAAAGGUGGAGAUGGCCUUUAAUCGGCUCUUGGAUAAGGCUGGCAAGCUUAGGCAAUUAAUGGGGGAAGUUUCUCAGGAUGUUUCUCUUGGUGCGGCUUUGGAGACCUUUCGGCAGGUUUAUGGGGAUGCAGUUACUGAAGAAGAGCUUAGCUUGUUUAAUUGGCAUCUUGCAAAUCUUGAAUACGCAAAUGCAGGUUUGCUUUCUAUGCUUUCUCUUGCAUUCUGGGACCAAGAUGACCCUUAUGACAUGGGAGGUGACCAUUGCUUCUUGCCGGGAGGAACUGGAAAACUGGUUCAGGCAUUGGUUGAGAAUGUUCCGAUACUUUAUGAAAAAACUGUGAAUACCAUACGUUAUGGUAGUGAGGGAGUUCAGGUUGUUGCUGGUGGCCAUGUUUAUGAGGGCGAUAUGGCUCUAUGCACUGUCCCCCUUGGAGUUUUGAAGAAUAGUUCUAUCAAGUUUAUACCUGAGUUGCCUCAAAGGAAGCUGGAUAGCAUAAAGCGGUUCGGUUUUGGAUUGUUGAAUAAAGUUGCAAUGCUUUUUCCUCAUGUGUUCUGGGGAACUGAUCUCGAUACCUUCGGACAUCUCUCUGAUGACUCUAGCAAUAGGGGUGAAUUUUUUUUAUUCUAUAGCUAUGCAACUGUAGCUGGUGGUGCCCUCUUGAUUGCUUUAGUGGCAGGAGAAGCUGCACACAAGUUUGAGACUAUGCCUCCAACUGAUGCUGUGACAAAGGUUCUUCAAAUUCUUAAAGGCAUAUAUGAGCCCCAAGGAGUUGAGGUUCCAGAACCAAUCCAAACCGUCUGUACCAGAUGGGGCGCUGAUCCCUUCAGCUUAGGUUCCUAUUCCAAUGUUGCCGUAGGCGCAUCAGGUGAUGACUAUGAUAUUCUGGCAGAAAGUGUAGGAGAUGGUAGACUUUUCUUUGCAGGUGAGGCCACUAAUAGACGCUAUCCAGCAACUAUGCAUGGAGCACUUCUUAGUGGAUUUAGAGAGGCUGCAAAUAUUUCUCAUUCUGUGAGUGUUAGAGCCUUGAGGUCAAAAGUUGAGAAAAACCCACCAAAGGAUGCACAUUCUUGUGCUUCUCUCCUUGCAGAUCUAUUCAGGGAGCCAGAUUUGGAAUUUGGAAGCUUUUCGGUAAUUUUUGGCAGAAAUAAAUCUGAUUUUAAAUCAACAGCAAUCUUAAGGGUGACAUUCAGCCCACCAGGAAAGAGAAGUCAUGAAGGGCUUAGACCAGAUCAACCACACACUAAUAAGUUACUCUUUCAGCAGCUUCAGUCCCAUUUCAAUCAGCAACAGGAGCUUCAUGUUUACACAUUAUUGAGCAGGCGACAAGCACUAGAACUCAGAGAAGUAAGAGGAGGUGACGAAAUGAGGUUGCAUCAUCUUUGUGAGAAGUUUGGUGUUAAAUUGGUUGGAAGGAAAGGUCUGGGACCAUAUGCAGAUUCUAUUAUUGCUUCAAUUAAGGCUGAGAGGGGCAAUCGUAAGCCUGUAUCGAGCUCAUUGACCCCGAAACCAGGUACGUCAAAGUUGAAAGCAGCCUCUUUGAAACAGAGGAUGGUUAGGAAAGCUAAAAUACUGAGUAAGAACAAUGGGGCUGGCCUGCUGAAUACAUUUGGUAGAGCUAAAGCAGAUGACAGCAGCAACAGCUCUAACGAUCCAGCAAAUCUUGAUGUGGGCUCUAAAUCAGUGGCCACUGGUAAUGGCUCUAUUACUGAAAAUCUGGGCAACAGUGCUAGUGUUUCGAGCAAUUGUGUUAGCUCUGCAUCUGUCCCAAGCACACUAGUUGAAGUUAAAGUUGAAGACAGUUCUAGUUUUACCUAUCCUUUUGUGGAAGGUAGUGCUAGUGUUACAUUCCCUCCAGAUGCCAAUAUGGUCUCUAGAUCAGUGGGCUACAUGGAAUCUGACCUACCCCCAAUAUCAAACAUUGGAGGUACAAUAUUAAACAGUGAUGGUGCGUUUAUCCAUGCUUCUAAUUCAGAUGUUGGAUCUAUAUUUGUGGAAAGUAUCACUGGCUCCUCUACGCUCAGUUUGGAUGCUGGGGAAAAUUUAGUAACCGAUUUCAGCAGCUCUACUCUCGAAAACAUAUAUGAAAAUAACAUAUUUGGAUUUGCUCCACCGCCGAGCACAAACUCUGGUAGUUGGUGAUUGACAAGGGUAAUUGUGGAAGCAGAGAGUAACAUGAAAAUGGUCUUCCUUCAAUGGUUGAGAUUUGAUGCAAGUUGAAAGUAGUUGAAAGAAGAUUUUCAUGGUUACUGUAUUACAUGUUUCUUUUACUCCUACAUCUUCCCUAUUUACAGCGCGAACCCAAACGCUGUGAAUAUUCUGCCUGGGCCUGAAUCAUUUUCUUUCACUUGCUGAUGGCUUUGGGAUGCAAACGCCUAUACCCCCUUUUUGACAUGUUUAGAGCUCAAAUACUGCUAUCAGUGGUGGUUAAUCAACAAGAGUUCACAAGGCAGCUUUUGUUUCUUCUUGUCCUGUUCCAUGGAGCUGCCUUGGUGCAUCCUUUGAAUGUUGAAGUGUGUGCUCUAGGAUGUAUUUCAGCUUGCAUUUCAUCCACGAUAUUGCUGUGCAAGCUGGAAAACUAAUCGAGCAAUCUGCUUCCGAUCAUCCUGCUCAAUGCCUGUGGGUUGGGUUUUGCAUUGCCUCUUCAGCUAACACGUGUUACUGUGUUCGGAAGUCUCGAGGCAGAUUUUUUUUUUUUUUGAUAUUCUUUUCAUUUUUUUUCUUGUAAACAAGUGUACAGAGGACAGAAAUGACAAAUAGUUUAUUCUUUUGUUAACGCAAAAUGUAUCUGGCAAACCGGAAAAAGCAUGUUUUAACUA